AUGGCCUCAGAUGUCGCCAAGUUUGCUGCCCCCCUGUCUCAAGGGUUUGGCUAUGGUAUCAUUAUCGGACUAGGCUUUGCGUUUGCACUGGUGAUGAUAUUCAUCACGUGGGCUCUAAAGAGAUACCAGCAUGAAGUUCAAACCUCUGAAAUGUUCUCAACAGCUGGAAGGUCUGUGAAGUCCGGCCUGGUCGCGGCUGCGGUCGUUAGCAGCUGGACGUGGGCUGCAACUCUUCUUCAAUCGUCCGCUGUGGCUUAUAAAUAUGGCAUAUCGGGUCCUUUCUUCUAUGCCUCGGGUGCCUGCGUACAGAUCAUCCUGUUUGCUACUCUGGCUAUUGAACUCAAGAGGCGAGCCCCGAAUGCACACACGUUUCUAGAAGCUAUUCGCGCUCGCUACGGAACAGCCGUCCAUGUGGUCUUUAUUGUCUUCUGCUUAAUGACCAAUAUUCUUGUUACUGCUAUGUUGCUUACUGGCGGUUCGGCCGUCAUGACAUCUCUGACUGGGGUUCAUACAGCUGCAGCCUGCUUCCUGCUCCCCAUUGGCGUUGUGCUUUACACUCUGUUCGGCGGUAUCAAGGCCACCUUUAUCACGGACUACAUGCACACAGUGGUUAUCAUUGUAGUUAUUUUCAUCUUUGCAUUUUCCGCUUAUGCAACAAAUGAUACUCUUGGUUCUCCUGGGAGAGUGUACGAUGCGCUAGUUGCGGCCUCUAAACUUCAUCCCGUUGAAGGAAAUGCUCAAGGCAGCUAUCUUACUAUGAGAUCGAAGGAGGGGGGUAUAUUCUGGGUUAUAAAUCUUGUCGGCAAUUUUGGCACUGUCUUCUUAGACAAUGGAUAUUAUAACAAAGCUAUCGCGGCACACCCUGUUCAUGCUUUUCCCGGCUAUGUCAUCGGCGGCCUUUGCUGGUUUGCCAUUCCCUGGCUUUGUGCCAGCACUAUGGGCAUUUCGGCUCUUGCUCUGGAAGGGUCUCAGCGCAUGAGCUCUGAAGACGUCACUGCAGGACUUGUCCUUCCAUUCGCUGCUGUCAACCUAUUGGGAUACAGUGGUGCCGUAUGCACCACACUCAUGAUCUUCAUGGCCGUCACGUCCGCUUUCUCGUCACAGCUUAUUGCGGUAUCAUCCAUUCUUACCUAUGACAUCUACCAAGCCUACAUAAAUCCUUCAGCGAAGGGGAAAAGACUGGUUUGGAUUUCCCACAUGUCCUGUAUACUCUUCGCCAUUGUGAUGGCGGGUUUUGCUACUGGGUUGUACUACGCCGGCAUCGGCAUGGGCUACCUCUACCUGCUUAUGGGUGUCAUCAUUUCUUCUGCCGUGUUCCCCGGUGCCAUGACCCUCGUCUGGAAGGGACAAAACUGGAUCGCUGCCUCCUCUUCACCUGUUCUCGGUCUUGCAAUGUCUUUGAUUGCCUGGCUGGUCACAGCAAAGAAGGAAUCCGGCGUCCUAACCGUUGAUUCUACGGGCGCAAACUACCCAAUGCUUGCCGGAAACGUCACCGCUCUCCUCAGCCCCGUCAUUUUCUCCCCUAUUCUCACGUAUGUCUUCGGCCCCCAGAACUACGACUACGAGUCCAUGCGCGCCAUCCGCAAAGUCGACGACACCGACGUCGCCGCUGCCGCGCACAUUGAUAUCGAGCUGAUUCCGGGCGAAGCCACCAUGACCAACGCCGAAAAAGAAGAAGAGGAACAACGCAAGUUGAACCGCGCAGCAUUAUACUCACGCACCCUGACAAUCGGAAUGGUGAUUUGCUUCUUGCUGCUGUGGCCGAUCCCCAUGUACGGGACCUCGUAUGUCUUCAGCAGGAAGUUCUUUACUGGCUGGGUGAUUGUUGGCAUUAUCUGGCUUUUCGUGACCACAUUUGGCGUGGUGGUGUUCCCGCUGUACGAGGGACGGAAGAGCAUCAUACGUACGACCCGUUCUAUGGUUCUGGAUGCUAUGGGCAGGAAAUCAAGGGCGCUUGAUGGACAGAAGGGGUAUGACGAGAGUCCGUCGGGAGUCGCGACGCCCACGGAGAAGGAGGAGGUGGUGGACCUGGUGGACCUGGUGAACCUUGGACACCUGGGGGACCCAUGGGAGCUGGUUGGGAAUACCCAUAGUAAGCUGGAGCCUGAGGAGGCGGCGCCGGUCCAGGCGGUACCCCUGGUGGAGGACGAGUAUCGGGUGUUAUAUCAGUGA